UGUCUAUGCUUGCUUGUGCUUUUAUUAUUUAUUACGUCCAAAGUGUUAUCUUCGUCGACUGGCGAUAUCUGUGAUUUGUUAUUAAUUUGUUGUUGCAUGCGUUAAUGCUAUUAAACUUUAUUUAUUCCACAAAAAGUUAAUAAUUUUACCCAUCCACCAUGGCGAAAAUGGCUUUUCAGCACCAGGCCGGCACGGCAAUGGAAUGUCUUAGUAUUCCUAUAACUCUUCAAAAAGAGGCUGGUGUUGACGCAGAAGGGCGUGAAGUCAUGAAAUGUGGCUUUAAAAUUGGCGGAGGCAUUGACCAAGAUUAUCGUAAAAGCCCUCAGGGGUAUACAGAUAAUGGUAUUUAUGUCACAGAAGUUCAUGAGGGCAGUCCUGCUGCAAAGGCCGGGCUGAGAAUGCACGACAAGAUAUUACAAUGCAAUGGAUAUGACUUCACAAUGGUAACACAUAAGAAGGCUGUUAGUUACAUUAAAAAACACCCAGUAUUAAAUCUAUUAGUAGCGAGGAAAGGGGUCACAUCAACAUAAUUAAUCAUCUGCAUUUCAAAAACUAUAUAAUUACAUUUUCAGUUGAUGGUCAAGUAAAAUACAAUACUGUGUAUAGCAAAUUCAAUUGAUCAUGCAAUACCUUUUUACCAGUGAGAUCAUUUGUUCUCUGUGAAUUUGCUAUCAUAAGUAAAUUUUAGUUUCAGGUAUUAAGUAUUAAUACUUCAUAUUUCUGUAUAAUUAUUUAUUUUAAUAUGUAAGGAUCAUUAUUAUUAAACUAAUUUAAGUAAAUUAGUAAUAGACCCUGGUGGAUUAUAAUUUUUUUUUCAAUAAGACUCAUGAAGUAUCAUAGUAAUUUAAAAAUGUACUCUUUAUUGUACUAUGAAUCUACAAUUUAAUUAUAAUUUAAAACUAUUUUUUUCACUAGUGAGUUACCAUUCCCUUAUAUUAUUGCUACAUUACACUGGUGUAAUUAACAUUAUUGAUUUCAAUAUACAUAUUCAUAAAAGUUGCCAAACCUAUUUUAGGUGGAAAGUGUCAUUUCUCUUUUCAAUUUUUGAUGAGAGAAUACAUUUCAACUAAAAUAGGUUUAUUAAUUCCUUAUAAGAGAAGAAAAUGCACAUAAUAAUUUACAACUGUUCAAUUUGCAUUGUACACUUAACUAAGGAAUAGAGAAUCAUGAAAACAUUAUUUUAUUUUUUUUUUCCUUUUCACUUACUAGACUACACUUUUCUUGCAUGAGUGUAGUCAACACAUCUCAUAAAGUUGGAAAUCACACUGUCAAAUAGCGGUGCUUAAGAGUUUUUAUAACUUUCUCCAAAAUAUUGCACUCAUGUUAGUAUCUGAAAUAUGGUAGGAUAAUUUGUGUAUAUAAAUAAUAUACUUAAUGAGUUCUUUUCUGUUUGGUAAUACCAAACUUAAGCACAUUAUCAUGCCCUCAUGGAUAGUUUAAGAAUAAAUACAAUAACUCUUAAACAGAAACAUAAUUGAAUGCCAAAUGAAUUUAAUGCUGACAAACACUGAAACAAAUUUAAAAGUUGCUAAAGUUGGAUUGUUUUAUUUGUUUAACUUAUGCAUUUGAAGGUGGAUUUAGAAUUGAAUAACUUGAUUACAAGCACUUACUAUCACUUUUUCCUUGUGUUAUUUGUUCAUUAGUAUGUAACGCGCAAGUUAGUUUACUCAAUCAUUGAAACUAGAGUGACAAAUUAAGAAGAAAUUAUAUUUUUACCACAUAAAAUAAUACAUAACAUGUGAUAUAAAAGAAUGGGUGAAAAUUAAUUAGCAGAAAUUAGUUAAUCCAUCACUGAACACUAUCCUUAAAUUAUUACAGUGAUUUUGGACUGUAUGGAUUUGUUUUAUAGUUAACAGUUUUUCAAAGUUAGAUCAGGUCAGUACUUAAUGUUACAAAUAUUAGACAUACAUGAACAUGAGAUUUUUUCUGUGGAUAUUAAAAUGAUAAUUCUUGAUUAUGAUUAUAUAAUCUGGAAAAAUUAUGUGAAUUUGUAACCAGGGCUUUAGUAUUUUAAUAUUUUACUCUUGUUUUUAAAUCUGUGAUUAUUGUCUAUGUAUAUCUGUUAAGUAUGUAAUAUUAAAAUUUAUUAAUUGGUUGUGGUCGCAUUAAUCUUGUUAUGAUGAGUUCGAGGCAUAAAUUUAUAAUUAUUGGUAUUAUUAAUAUUAUAUUGAACACACUGGAUAAUGUGUUGUGCCAAAUAUAUACAUUAUUCAAGAUGUUUUAUAUGAAAUUUAAUGAAUUAUUUAUCAGAAGCUUUGAAGAGUUGCCAGUAAAAUCUUCAAAAAAAACAUAGUGUGUGGCCUAAUAAACAUUUUUAAAUUAAGGAAUGAAUUCUAAUAUAAUACUUUUUAAGGUGACACAACUACAUAAUUAUACCUACAAUUUCAGCCAAAGAGUAGUACAACAAGACAACAAAAUAUUUAAGCAACCAAUUAUAUCAUCUGACUGUCUAUACCUUGAGAAUUUAGCAUAGUAAUUAUAAAUAUAGGUACCAUUUUUAUAACAAAUCACGCAUUUACAAGAUAUUUAAUGCUUAGAUUCUAAUUUUUUAUUUAGGAUUAAAGAUAUGUAUUAAUUGAUUCCUGGAUUAACACCACGAAAGUUUUUAACACUAAAAUUAAAUUGUCAGUCUCAUAGUGUAUUGAAACUGUAAAUACUCUUUAUUGUUAUAUACACAGAACUCAAUCUAGAUUGACUUCUGUGGUUAUAACUUUCUUUAGUCUGUUUUGCAAUACAACUGAAUUUAUGAUUAAGUGUGCAGAUUUAUAACUGUAUCGUCAUAUGUUUUUCAUAAUCUAAUGGAGAAUUCACAUGUAUUUAAUCAUAAAAACCCAGGUUAUAUUUUAUUUAGGAAAUAAAAAUGUUAUAAUAA